AUGCAGCACCAACCCACCCACACCUCUUCUCUUCCCCCCUCUCCCCCUUCGCAAGCACCAUACCGGCACCUCACUCACACCUCGGAGCUUUUCAGCUGCAGCGCAACAUCAAACGUCUCUAUCCCUUGCCCGUCACCUUGUCCCCCGGCCUUUCCAAUGUUGCAUCGCAUGACGGCUCACAUUCAUUGCCCAGGCCUUGUCUCUCCGCCCGCAUUGCAGCCCUGUCUCGUUGCCAUUUGCUUUCUGUCUGACUCUGUCACGGAGUCACAGCUGACCGCGAAGUCUAGGAAUCCACCGCAAUCAAUCUGUGUAACACAGCGCAGACCACGUCAAUAA